CAGACACCACCUUUCUCUCUCUCUCUCUCUCUCUUUGAUUUCCAUUCUUACUACAUACUUCAAUACUUCAUCAUCAACCAGCGACACAAAUUUCCCAGAUUUCCUCUCUGUCUCUCACUCUGAAAACGUUUCUUCUCUGCGGAAAUAAUUUCCGCAGACUCAGGUAUCAAUUUCCACGGACCAGGACGCAGGCACGGAGAGAAAGAGAGAGAGAUGUCUCGUAGCUGUUCGCAGUGCGGAAACAACGGGCACAACUCCCGAACCUGCCACGGCGACACCACCACCGGCGAGGGCGGCGGCGGGGGAACGGCGGGGGAGAGCGGGAUUAUGCUGUUCGGGGUUCGAGUCACGGCGGGUAUGAAUUCGUUCAGAAAGAGCGUGAGUAUGAACAACUUGUCCCAGUACGACCAGGGGAUCAAUCAGGACCCCUUAUUAGUAGCCGACGCCGUGGCCUCCGGCUACGAGUCCGACGACGUCGUUCACGCCUCCGGGAGAAGCCGCGAGCGAAAACGAGGGGUGCCGUGGACAGAGGAGGAGCACAGAUUGUUCCUCGUGGGUCUGCAGAAAGUGGGGAAAGGCGAUUGGAGAGGGAUUUCGAGGAAUUUCGUCAAGAGCAGGACGCCGACGCAGGUGGCCAGCCACGCUCAGAAGUAUUUCCUCCGCCGGAACAAUCAGAAUCGCCGGCGCCGCCGCUCCAGCCUCUUUGACAUCACUACCGAUAGUUCCUUUAUGGGCAAUUCUAUGAUGGAAAUUGAAGACCAGCAGACAUCGCCCAACCAAGAAGCGGCGGUGGCGUCUGUUCCGAUCAAGACAACCAGCCAGCUGCAGCUGGGGAAGCUUCCUCCGGUACCCAAUUUCCCGGUGGCUAUACCAAUCACCGGCGACGGGUCGUUGGAGAGGCUAGCGCUGGGACCGCCGACGAGUACAACAAAACCCAAUAACCAGCUGGUUCGUCCGAUUCCGAUUCCAAUUCCGCUCUCUUCCAAAAUGGCUGAUCUCAAUUGGAAGCAGAGGAUGAUGGCUAGUAGCCGUUCCAGCGGUCACCAUCAUCAGGAAGUGUUUUUGCCUCUGUCGCUGAGGCUUUCAACGAGUCCUUCCUCCGACGAGCAGUCAUCGUCGGCGGCUGGCGGCGGGACGAGGUCGUCUGCUUUUCAGGGGAUGUCUAGUGGGGACAGCAUCAUAAGCGUAGCGUGAAGCGAAUUGGGAAGGAACAGCAAACAACAACAAAAACUGGCUCUCUCUUUUCCUCCGCAGAAUAUAUUAUCUAUUGAUUGAUGUUUAUUGAGAUGUGACAAAAAGGGGAUAUGAUUUGCAACUUUUGUUAGUUGUAAGAUUUUAGGAAUUGGAACUUUUUACUUAGGAAUGAUAAAUUAAGAUUAUCAUAACGUUAGUUUUUUUUUGUUUGUUAUUAGGAGAAAGAUUAUUGAUUAUUGGUUUGUACAUGGGGAAUUGAGGUAUGAUGGUUUAUGGGAAUAUGGGUGGGUGAUAGUACGAUAGAAAUUGGUCUAAAGAUUAAAAUUAUAUAGAUGUUAUCAUCCUCAACGCGAGGUUAUUAUUAGGUUAUAUGAUUCAUUGUCGAUUGAGUUCCCGUCGUUUGUUUUAUACUUUUGGUUGUUUGCAUUAAAUUGGUGUUAAAAUGUAUUUUUGUUUUGUUUUUUGUUUUGGGAAAUUGGCCUAAUGCAUGGUUUGUGGAUAUCGUAACCUAUUUUCAGCCGAGUCUUGUGUUGUGUGGCAGGCACUAAUGUGAGAUUUCUCUAUGGUCAGAACUCGUCUUAUGUGGAAUUCCUGGUAAAACAAUGCCGUUCAAAACUUCAAACAAUGGGUCAACGAGGGCAUUGUGUUGACUCGGUAUUCAUAUGGUCAAAUUGGAAUUCGUACGAGUCAACGUUAAUAAGAGAGAGUUGGCAGUUUGACACACGCCGAGACCUGAGUGCUGGCGUCUAGACCCAAAUAGCCAUGGGCCUGAAGGCUUAUUUGAAGCAAUAGAAUAACAACAAGAGAAAGACCUUGGCCUCAAUAUAUAAAAGGAUGAAAGCCCAUAUUAAACUUCAGCCAAUCCUACAAACCGGAGCCCGGGCCCAAAAAUUCCGACGUAACUCAGAAGGGGAAAUCGGUGCUGCCUGCUACCGCAAAAUGAAGUCCUCAUUUGCAAUAUUUUUCUUCCUUUACUCACAACAACUAACUAUGUAUUCUACAGGAAAAAAUCGCAAAAUACUCUAAUUAUUAAAAAAAAUUUCCAAAAUACAAUACUUAUAAACUUAUUUCCCAAAAUACAGCAGUUUCAACAUCACUGUUGUAGACCAAGACAGUGAUGGCAAUCACCGUUUUAGACCAAAACGGUGAUAGCAUCAUCGCUUUUAACGAAAACAGUGAUGCUAUCACCGCUUUGGACAAAAACGGUGAUGCUAUCAUCGCUUUCAACCAAAACAGUGAUGCAAUCACCGUUUUGGUCAAAAACGGUGAUAGCAUCACGCUUUCAACCAAAACGGUGAUGGGUUCCCCGCGUUUGUGCAAAACGGUGAUAGUCGACCUUAUCAUCGCUGUUGACGAAAGCGAUCACAUCAUCGCCAUGGACCAAAACGGUGAUAAUUGACCACGUUUUAGAGCCCUGGUAGGUGGGAAUUAGGUCACAGCGACCUAGCUAUCACCGCUUUGGACAAAAGCAGUGAUGUGUUCACCGCCAUUAUCCUCAGCGGUGAUUGCUGCCGUUUUUUCCUAUAAAUACAGACCUCCACU